CCGGACGUCCACAGUGCGACGUUCUCGGUUGUCCGGACACUUACAUCACGUCGUACGCCGUUCGAAUCGUCAGCACAACGCGACAGUUUCCGUCUCGCAGUCGCAAUCGCGAUUGUAGCAAUCACUCGUCUCGCUAUCAGUAUUAUUUGAACCAUUAUCGCUGCGAGAUUGCCCCGAUGGACUGCGCGCGCGAUGCUCGCGUUUCGUGCAACGCGGACAUGACACAGUAGCCGUGUACUGCGCGAUCGUCAAUCGUCGGACAUCUGACCACGUUAUCGGCGACCGUUGAUCGGAAUCGAUUUCCGCACACAGUCGUCUCUCAGCUGUCGACGCGUGUCCGCCGGCGCCGCCCGUCCGCGAUUCGAUUCAUACGUGAUAAUAAUUUUGGGCGCACGAACGGUUUUACGUAGGAUUUGUUAUCCGACAGACGCGUUUCGAAACGUUAUCGUUUUCUGGUUUGCGACUUGUGCGACUCGACCCGACCGACGACGACGACGACGACGACGACGCAUUUUAAUAAGCGUUCGGAUUCAAAUCCGUAACCGGGUUUUCGUUCCCCGAUCGUGCUCGUGCGCGCGUGUCGUUUUCUCGUGUGCCGCGUGUGCGUGCAAAGUGUUUGCGGGCGCGCGAGCGCCGGAGGACUCGGACGACGGUGCACUGAUGAAAUCGAAGUCGUCGCAUCCCGAAUACCUCUCAUCUACACGACCGGUUAGAGAUAAGUUAUGAUACCAGUUUUAUGAUAUCCGACGGAUACUACCAACCACCACGUCCUGAGUCUCGGCCCGGUUUGCGCUGACCAAUAACACUACAAUGGUGGUAGAUCAUAGUGGACCUAACAACAGUCCAGAUUUGAAGUUUAACAAUGGCAGGGUGAAAAAUCAAGAAAAUAUCGAUCUCAAUAUUAAAAGCGGGUCGUUAGAUAAUUAUGAAAAGAAACUUGAUGCCAUCGAAAAUGGUUCUUUCCCCCCUUCUAAGGAGGUGGCAGAUUUUGAACAAGCUAUUGAACUCACGGGGUAUGGAAAAUUCCAUUAUUUACUGUUGGUUGUGUGCGGUUUCGUCAGCACCAGUGAGGAAAUGGAUGUUAUAUGUAUGUCCUUCAUAUUACCCUCAGCCCAAUGUGAUCUUAAGCUAAAUACGUCAUCCAAAGGAUGGUUAAACUCAAUAAUAUUCAUUGGCAUGAUGGCCGGUGCAUACAUUUGGGGUUCUCUGGCUGAUGCAUUGGGUCGCCGUAAAGUAUUAAUUGUUAUCAGUUUUAUGAAUGCACUGUGUAUUGUGGCGUCUACAUUUGCUCAGUCUUAUGGUGUAUUCAUGUUCUUUAGAUUUUUAAAUGGAGCAGCAUUGGGUGGUAGCGGUCCAGUUAUAUGGUCAUAUUUUGCUGAAUUCCAGCCCAAAAACAAACGUGGUUCAAUGCUGAGUUCAAUGGCAGCGUUUUGGACUCUUGGAAAUUUAUUUGUUGCUACUCUAGCAUGGAUUAUCAUACCUCUAGACAUUGGCUAUAGGUCUUCUUGGUUUUUAUAUAAUUCUUGGAGAAUAUUUUUGGCCAUUUGUUCUAUUCCUAGUGUACUUGUUGCUGUGUUCCUGUUUUUUUUACCAGAAAGUCCUAAAUUUCUAUUGACUCGUAAUGAUCACAAAAAAGCAUUGGAAGUAUUCAAACAAAUUUAUGCUACUAAUACAGGGAAUGAUCCUGAAAUGUAUCCAGUUAAGACAUUGGUAACCAAAUCAAAUGCUGUUGAACAUGAUAGUUCGAAAAAAAAAUCUUUUAAAAGUAUGGCUACAGAUGUGGGUCAAAAUACAAAGAUGAUAUUUAUGCCUCCAAUUUUAAAAUAUACAUGGAUAUCUAUAGUAAUCAAUCUCAGUUUCCAUAUUGGUUAUUAUGGUCUCAUGAUGUGGUUCCCAGAGCUGUUCAAUAGGUUUGAUGAAUUUGCACGAGCUCAUAACGGAAGUGAACAAGCACUAGUGUGUGAAGUGACUGAAUUUGUUGUCAAAACUGGAUCACAUUCACAUGUGGAUUUAUGUUCUGACAAAAUUGAGAGUGGCGUUUUCCUUGAAUCGUUUAUAACAGUGGCAGCUGCCAUUCCUAGUAAUAUAUUUGCAGUCUUAGGAAUGGACACAUUAGGCAGGAAAUUCUUUUUAGUAUUUAGUACAAUGGCAUCUGGAAUAUGUGCAGUUGGUUUGUCAUUAAUCACAAACAAAAGACAAAAUUUAGUUGUAUCUGCCAUAUUUAGUAGUGCAAUUAGUUGUGGUAAUGCUGCUUUGGAUUGUUUAAUUACUGAAAUUUUUCCUACAAAUUUAAGAGCUACUGGAAUGGCUAUAUCUAUGGUAGCUGCUAGACUUGGAGGUAUAAUUGGUAAUAUUGUUAUCGCUGCACUGUUAGAUCUCUAUUGUCCAUUACCUACUUAUAUAGUAGCUGUACUUCUCAUAGGUGGAGGACUUUUGUGUCUAUUGUUGCCCAACACCACAAGAGAGCCGUUAACGUGACCUAGUAAUAAAAAAUAUUAGAAUAGAAGUCUACAUUUAGUAAUUUACUUUCAUUUAUUGACAUGAAA